AUGGUCGACUCAAAGCUACUGCCAACUCGCCCACUCUCGAAAAAUGGGCCGUUGGUCCCUCGCCUCGGUCUGGGAUUGAUGGGUGCAAGUGGUACGUACGGUAUGCCGGCCAGGGACGAGGAGAGACUCGCUUUCUUGGACAAGGCGUAUGAAAAAGGAGAGAGAUUUUGGGAUACUGCCGACAAGUACGGUGAUUCGGAAGACCUGCUCGGAAAAUGGUUCACCGCAAACCCAGACAAGCGCAAGAAUAUAUUCCUCGCAACUAAAUUUGGCAUCAAGACCUCGCCCGGUGUGCCAGGGUUCUCCGUCGACUCAACACCUGAAUACUGUCAUCAGUCAAUCGAAAGGUGCCUGGAACGACUGGGACUCCCAUACGUGGAUAUGUUCUACGUCCACCGCUUGGACAAAGUGACUCCAAUCGAAAAAACAAUGGUGGCCAUGGUCGAGCUCAAGAAUGCCGGCAAGAUCAAACACAUCGGGUUGAGCGAGUGUAGUGCAAACUCUUUGCGUCGUGCGUAUGCCGUCCAUCCGGUGACUUGUGUCCAGGUUGAAUACAGCCCAUUGUGCAAGGACAUUGAGUCCCCGGAGACGAAGCUUUUAGAAGUUGCUCGCGAGCUGGACGUUGCCAUUGUGGCAUACAGUCCUCUGGGAAACGGUCUCCUGGGUGGAAAUAUCCGCUCCCGCGAAGACGUGAGCAAGCCUGGUGAUUCGCGCGGAGUCCUGCCUUGGUUAAGCGACGAGAAUAUUCAGCCGAACCUGGCUGUCCUUGAUAGAAUCAAUGACCUAGCAAGCUCCAAGGGUCUUACGACGGCACAAUUGGCCCUUGCAUGGUUGCUUGCACAGGGUGAUGAUAUCUUCCCUAUUCCAGGGACUUCGAAGAUUCACCGUCUGGAGGAGAAUCUCGAAAGUCUCUCUGUCACUCUUUCUGGGGAAGAUGAGACAUUGGUCCGGAAGCUUUCGGGGGAAAUUGUGGGUGGUAGGUUCCAGGCGAAGACGGGUUAUUCAUUUGCCGAUACACCAACUUUGGAGGAGCGGUAG